AGUUUUCUCAAUAGAUUUUAAGCGUUUGAGAGAUCAAGACUGUCAUGGCAGCCUCCAGGCAAAUUUUGACCUUGUACAGAUCAUUGCUUCGUGAACUGCGAUCUGUUUAUCCAAAGGAAAAGUUAGCAGACAGCCCAGCUUAUCAGCAUGUGAGGAAGCAGUUCCAUGAACACCAUUUAACCACAGAGAAAUUAUGCCGGAAUAAAGUGGAGAUGGAAUACCUUGCUAGAACAUACCUGUGCUUUGUACGGAGUGUCAAACAACAUGAGGAGCUUCAUGCUACCUAUAAAGGAGGAGGGGAGAGAACUGUAGAAUCAGCAGCAAACCUUGUUGGACUGAAAUUGCCAGAGAAACCAAACGAUAGUGAUUAGUGAUGUGAUAAAUAAUCUUGAAAUGAAUUUGUGAUACAGUGAUUUUCUUUGAAGAGAACAAGCAGGAAAAUAGUUAGUCCCUCUUUUGAGAGACAAAACUGUAUGACAGAAGUUCCAACAAUUUAAGCUGUGCCAGCGAUUAAUAAAAUAAACAAGGUCUUCUUGUUGUUUAGUGUGUGAUCAACCAUGGUACAUUGUGUAGUUACAGUUACAUGCAGAGAGCUGAGUCCUUUCUCUAGUUAACAUUUGUACAAUGAAAUUGUUAUUUAUACCUGGAAAAUUAAUUCCCCUGUAAACAGAAUGUGAAUGGACAAGAAUGCAAACAACAUUUUAAUUAGAACAAAUACCUUUUAAUUUAGGAAUAAUGUAAUAAUUAUGCUAUUAAUAAACGAAAAACAGGUUAUAUGUUCAUGGAAUAAUUUCAUGAGGACGUAGUCUGAGUGAAUUAUUCUGGUGAUGUAUCAGGUUGGGGAAGGUAUUAAAUUUAGCAAAUUUAGCUAUUUAUAGCUAAUAUUGCUACAUAUGGCUAAAAAGUGAACAAAAGAAAUGUAUAUUUUUCUCACCCUUGCUCAUAUUUUUAAUAUGAGCAUCCUGUCACUGUGUCCAUCUAUUUCACACAAUUUUCUACACAUAACUGAUCAAUCAAGUACAACAUUUACCGAUGCAGUUAUUGUUAAUUGCUUUGUUUAAUUGGAGUAUUCAGCCCAGUUGUUCCAGUAACCACAAUAGCCUGUAUUAAACACUAAGAGUAACUUUAAGGCCAAUGUUAAUUGAAUCAAAGUUUAACAUCCCCUGAAUGGUAGUUUUCUGCCCAUUACUAGAUCUAUUUCAAAGUAUUUUGAUAUUACAUAAAAUUUUGAUUGUUUAGCUUGUGCUACAAGUAUGCACAAUUUUCUUUAAUUGCAAUUAAUGUCAGUUAGUUAUUGUUGACACAAACACUGAAAACAAAAACAACUUGUCUUAGCCUAACAACAAUGUGAUGACCAUGCAGUGUUUAUAUAUGAUAUUAAGCUGGUAGGAGGAAAUCAUGUGUAACUGUAUUAUUGCAUGGAAUUUCCAUGAAAAAUGUGCAAGUUUAAAUCAACAUUCAAUUCUUUUCACCUCCCUUGGAUUGCUUACACAUUAUACAUGCCAGCUAUAAAACAUGUGUGAUAUCACAGAUCUUUCACAAAUCACAACUUUCUGAACAUAUUUUCAUAGAUGUGUUAAGAGUGCUUAGGAAAGAAGAGCUGAAAAUUAGCAAAAUUGUGAAAAUAAUGUUUGUUUUGUGUACUUAUCUGAUAAUUUACUUUGUGUGAUGCAAGGAUAAAUUGAAAUUAUUUCUGAAAAAAAAAAAGCAUUGGAAAAUAUUUUAUUUUAAUUCUCUAAAAUGUUACAAAUGCCAACUUAAGUUAAUACGCAAGUAACUAAUAUGCACCUUUUUACAGUUUAAAAGUAAUUAAUGGAAACGUGCAGUUCUUUUGUUCAAUUGUUAGCCAUAUAUAGCUAUAUUAGCUAUAAAUAGCUAAAUUAGCUAAAUUUGAUACCUUCCCCAACCUGAUGUAUAACCAAUUUUGAGUGUACUGAUUUAAGUAAAACAUCAUCUUGCUCUAAUACAUUAUUUCGAUACUAAUACCCCCUUUAUUUUAAAAAGAAUAUACAAAUGUCGCAGCUAAAACAUUGACAUCAUCGCCCGUUAAUGUGACGUCACGUUAGCCUGAGCAUGUUUUAACAGUAACAAGCAUAUUAGAAUAUAUUUACUUGCAAAAACUACACGCUCAAGUAUGUUUUAUGUAUUGUAGUUAUUUUUUUGUUAUGAAAUUAAAAUUAAAGAAUA